UGGAGCUGCAGGAGGCCGAGGUCAGGGCCGUGCUGAGGGGCCUGCUGCACACCAACGACGACUUUUUUCAAAGUCUUCAAGAGAAAUAUAGAGUUGAAUUACGGGAGCAGAAACUGACAAAUGUGCAUCGACUUCUGCUCUCUGACUGCUGGACGCCUCUCAGCGGAUCGCGCUCGGCGUCGGAGGCGAGUCAGGGUGUCAGUUGAUGGAUUUUCUGAAUAAACAUCAUAAGUGAUUGUGCUUAAUGCCACUUAUGUGUUUGCUCACGUUAGGUCGCGGGAAGUGCGGCUUUUCGACCUCUACUCCACAAAGGUCAAGACCAAGAGGAUCUUCCAGGACAUGAAGAUAGCAGACAGGGUGCCCCACUAGUCAGCGAUGAGAGAGACGACGUUUGUAACGCAUGUGGAAAUUCCCUAAUUCCAGAAGAAGUUCCCUAUCUAGAGGUACUAUGUGCAACCAACACUAAUUCAGGGUCAGCAGGAGGGACAGACAGCGAUGAAGUAAUAGCCAGCAGACGCCCCAUCGCCGCAGACUUGGAAAAGCAGGGCUCUGUGAUCGCAAUGGCCUGGAGCCGGCCUACCGAGAAGACCUGCAAACCCGAGACACCUGAUGAGGCAGCGGUGGAAAGUGAGGCAGGGACUCAUCUAAAAGAUGAGGAGGUUAGAAAUGACCUCCUGCCACAUGAGGCACCUGAAGGAACGUCUGGAGAAAAGACACCACACCCCACGUUAUUCCAGUGCAGUCCACGUGUCAGAUGCCGUCAGGACCAGACUGUGGAGCCCGAUACAGUCAUACCUGCUGAGACAUUGAUGCCUCUUGAAAGUGAAAUUACACAUGAUACUGAUGACAACGACGACGAUGAUGAUCAAACUACCGAAGAAGGUUCCUGUUCUUCUCGCACUCAGUCUGCUGCUCGCAGACAUCCGGAAGAACCCAAGGUUCACCUGCAUCAGGUCGUCAAUGACAGCGACUGCAUUCAGAGAGAGAUGACAGUGGUGCACAUCUCUGAGAUGGAGAAAGAGACGACCAUGAGAACCCUUGUAGACAUCAAGCGGAAGGUUGAGAGCAAGUAUCAGCAAGACAAGCAAAGACAGAUUCUUAGGUUUCAGGAACGCUUGUCCAUAGUCCAGAACAGAAAGUCCGAUGAAGACCUUCUGGGUCACAAACAAGGGGACGAUCUCAGGCAGCUCACCGAGAACCUCAAAAAGGAGGAUAGAAACCAGCAGAAAACACUGGUUAAGGAAAAACUGGAACAGCUGAGGCGAGAGCGGUCGUACGUCAUGCAGUCUAAGAGAGACAGAAACACAGCUGGAUUUAAGGAGCUUCUUGGGCCGGUGGUCAUGAAAAGAGCAGAGCAUGAAGAAUCCUAUCCUGUGUAAAGAGAAC